UUGUUUUCACAGAAUAGUGUUGCACCUGGGAGGGAAGCACUUUACCGCGAAUAUGAAGAUUUGGAAAGUGGAAACUAAAUACUCUGAUACGUAUUUAACUACUCGACCAACUUAAUAUAUAUACAUGGGUGUAGUAUAUAGUACUCAUACUUGAAAAUUUCCAACAUUUUUCCUAAUCUCACAAUUUUGGUGACGUACUUUGUGGAUGUAGAAAACCAUCACUAAAGCCAGAGCUCGUCGAAGAAAGCUCUGACUAUUGAUUUGUCUCGGUAAUGACUCACUACAAUGGGUCGAUUUAACUCGGUUGCAUCAAAACGAUUCGAGGGCUUAUUUGUCUUUUACAAGGCUGACUAAUUGCCACAUAUACACUAACGGAUGUUAACUGUUUAAAGAAAAAAACAGGAUGGAAAAGGUUAAAUAUGUGGCAUUAAAUAAAUUCUGAAAAAAACAGUGACACUUUCUUAAACAUGAAAUUGGAAAUGUGGCACUUUAUUAAAAUCCCCUUUUUUUUUUACGUGGAUUCACAUAUGUACCAACUAUUAAGACUAAAUUCCACGCCUUUCAUUUGGUGGUUGUACAUAGUUGAAUUCAACAGAAUUCAAGUGCUCUGAAUUAUAUAUCCUUCUUCAUCUGAAAACAUGCCUAUAUUGGGACGAAAACCGGCGCCAGAACAAGAAGUAACUAGUGAAAGUUCAAAUGGGAGGUUUACAAUGAGAUGGAUAAAAGAUUUGACUCACAAAAAUUUCAGUCUGUCAAUCAAGGAUCAUGAUGGUGGUGUUACAAAUACUAAAACCAAAGGGAAAAAGAUAACAGCUGCAGAAGGAAUCCAAGGUGGGAAUUUCAGUUACAAACAGAUUAAAGCUGCUACAAAAGAUUUCAAACCUGCUAACAAGAAUGGUGAAGGUGGUUUUGGAUCAGUUUAUAAGGGAAAACUCCCUGAUGGAAGGGCAAUUGCAGUGAAGGUCAUAUCUCCAAAUUCAAUGCGAGGAGAGAAAGAAUUUCUCAGUGAAAUAAACACAAUAUCAAGACACCCAAAUAUAGUUGAAUUGUUUGGCCAUUGUGUUGCAACGGAUAACAAGUUCGUAUCAGUGUACCAAUACCUGGCUAAUGGAAGUUUAGACAAUGCAUUAUUUCGCAAUAAAAAUCUUAAGAAGAGACUGAACUGGGAGAUUAGAGUUAAAAUCUGCAUCGAUAUAUAGCGAAAGGUCUUGUAUUCUUACAUGAGGGAGCAGAACUCAAAAUUGUGCAUAGAGAUAUAAAGCUCAGUAAUGUCUUAUUAGACAAGCAUCUUACUGCCAAGAUAACCGACUUUGGAUUGGCGAAGCAAUUAGACGUCGACCAGUCCAGGAUACCCACUCUGUAGUAGGAACAACGGGAUAUAUGGCUCCUGAAUAUUCGAAGCACGGUUACUUAACUGAGAAAGCAGAUGUCUACUGUUUCGGAGUAGUGGUGCUGGAACUUAUGAGCGGAAUGAGUUGGAGAGGAAAGCGUUAUUUAGGCAGAUCGCAACACCUUCUAGAAAUCGCCAAAGAUGUAAAGAUGAAGCAAAAUCUUACAUCACAAUUGGACCAAGACUUGACUAACGUUUCGGAGAAUGAAGCUAUAAUAGUGUUAGAUUUGGCAAUGUUAUGCACCUCUGAUUCACCAAAAGCAAGGCCUGACAUGUCUGAUGUGGUGAAAACUCUUGAAGGAAUGAAUGUUAUAAAUACUCUGGUCGUUCAAUUAGAAUCAGAUGACUUGACAGGAGUCACUUCUGAUGAGAUGGCGCUGAGUCAUUUCUCGGUCAACUACUUAGAAAUUGUGACAGACCCAGGCAAUGCACCUACCACCUCGGAAAAUGAGGUUACCAUGAUUUCUGAAUCUUGCGAAUUGAUUUCUGUUGCAAAGGAUGAUAAAAGUGGAGACGAGAAAGAUGGGGUUGUAUUUCAAUCCUCUGGUCAUUUUUCACUAAUGGAGGUAAAUAAUACCAAAAGUACUGCAGUUAUUUGGGAUUACAUUGCUGCUCCCAAAGAUUUAAAGCGUGAUGUAGGCCAAGAUGAGAUUCCAAUUCGUUCCUCUCAUGUUGCAUCUGAUAGUACUAAAUUGCAUUCUCAUGUAAAGGCUUCCAUUGGUGAGGGAGCAGACGAUUCUAAGUCGUCGGUGAUCUGCACAAAUAUUCCAACAUCAGAGACACUUGUAUCAUAUGCCAAGGAAGCAUCAACUUCUUCAACCUUAGAUGAUAUCACUGAGCUGGGAGACGAAGAUGAGCUCGAGUAUAUUAAACCCCAUUUUGAAGAAGGGAAGUAUCAUAUUGAAUGUUCAAAUGAAGAAUUCAAAGUCGGAUGUAACAAAUGGAAGAAUUCCCUGGUGGGAUAUUUUUUGAGUGAGGACGGAACUUUUGACGUUGAUAAAGAGGUGGUGGCUGAAGUUGUACUCCGAGAAACGAUGGUAAAUGUUUCUGUAUUCUCCAUCAGAAAUGAGUAUUAUCUGUUUCCAUUCAGUCGUGUUGAAGAUAGGACUAAAGUUUUAGAAUCAUCAAGCCUUCUGCAUAUUAAGGGUAACCCAUUAGUUCUCAUAAAAUGGGACUGGAAACUGACAUUCGACAAAGCUGAAACCAUGAAAUGCAUUCCAAUUUGGGUGAAGAUUUAUAACUUGCCUCUAUUCCUUUGGAAUCCAUCAUGUCUGAGUAAGGUCGUCAGCGCAUUCGGAAUUCCUAUAUGUGCUGAUCAGAAAACCAAAAAGCAACAUCGGCUGGAUUAUGCACGGGUUUACAUGAAAGUAACUGCCAGUAAACCAUUGUUGGACAGUUUUCUUAUUUCAGUUAAAGGAAUUGACUAUCUACUCAACUUGGAAUAUGAUUGGAAACCUCUAAGGUGUACCAAUUGUUUUACAUUUGGGCACACCGAGUUGAAAUGCAAACUAAAACUCGAAGUGAAACAAGAUUAGGUGUUCUCCCUUCGGGACCUAAGUUUUGUAAUAAAACUUAUACAAGAUGCUCAGAAAGAGCUACAAGGUUGCUGCUCUACCAUCGGCUAGUUUUAACCCAGUAGCACAGAGUUGCGAAGUUACUAGUACAAACUUUUUUUGUUGUUGGAAGAAUCUAGACUGAACUUAUAUUCCUAGAAAUUCCAUUCAGUAAAGAUAGUUUGUGUGCC